ACAAUGUCAAAUCGGAUUUGACAGAAUUUCAAACAAAAUUUCGUUAUUAUGCGUUCAAAAAAUCUAAUAAAAAAUGAAUUUUGAAUUUUCAAUACCUUUGCAAAAAGACGAGCUUCUAGAAUCUUCUACUGGACAAUAUCAUGUUGAAGAUGUGGUGCAACCAAGGGUUUUACUAUCAAAACUACAGGAUGCGGCGCGCGCCUACAAUUCGGACGGAGUGGAAUAUAUUUUAGAACAUUUUGACACAUAUUUCUCUGUAAUUGUACAUGGAACAAAACUGGAAUGGAAUGUUAUAAACAAAGGAUAUGAACACAUUCUUAGGGCAGUGAAAUGUCUUUGCAGUCAGUUAGAAGUGAUAUUUCAAGAACAAGAAAUAGCUAUAGAAACACGAUGCAAAUAUCUAAAUGUAGUAAAAAUGGUCAUGUAUUUAUUUACAGAAAUAAUGAAAACAAAAGAUGCUAAACUCACCGCGGAUAAUUCUACAAAGCUAACAUUAGGUAAAAAAGGUAAAGUUAAGAAUACCGAUGAGGAGUUUUGUGGUUGGACGGAGUCAGAUAAGCUGGAAGCCUUAGUGGCACUGCACAUGCUGGUCCAGCAGCCACUGUCGAGACUGUGGGACCCCCCACUGGCUGAAGAUAACUUUGUUGUUAUGGUAGCCUAUCCCUGCUACAAAGCACUGGAAGAGCAAAUCAUAAAAAACAAAACUGUCAGAGACACAGUGUUCCAAGUGCUAGGUGUGCUGGUGAAAAAGUACAACCAUGGUACUGCCUGCCUUAUUAAAUUAGUUCAGACAUUAGAAAUAGCGGAACAUGCAAUAUCCCCUAUUUGUGCAGGAGUUGUACAGUUAACAAAGAAUUUUGGACUAGGCACGUUUGGACCGCAAAUGGUGCGUGAAAUAGAAGUAUCAUUAGCAUCGACGGAGGAGGAGGCGGGCGGCAUGGGCACGGAGCAAGGCGCCGCCAGGAACUACGGCGCCUUCCUGCUGGAGCUCACCAAAGAAUUGCCCAAAGAAAUGAUCAAGGCCAUAGAAACGUUGCAGCCCUAUUUAGAAACUGAUGAGAGCUACACGCUGCGCAUGACGGUGCUGGGUAUGAUGUGCGAGGUGGUGAGCGCGGAGCUGCGCGGGGAGGGGCUGGCGGAGGAGCAGCGCGCGCGCCGCGACGCCUUCCUCGACGACCUCUACGACCACAUGCACGACCUCUCCGCCUACGUAAGGCACAAGGUGCUGCAGUUCUGGUCGCGGCUGCAGCGAGAGAACAGCGUGCCGGUGAGCAGACAGCACGCGGUGCUUCAGCGCGCCAUCGGACGACUUAAAGAUAAAGCCGCUUUAGUCAGGAAAGCCGCUAUACAAUUACUUAAGGUUUUCCUCGAAUGUAACCCAUUCUCCGCUCAAUUGAAGUUAGAUGUUUUAGAAGAACAAUUAGCAAAUGAACAGAAAAUUUUGGACGAUCUGCAAAAGAAAUUAAAUCCAGGGCCGGACCCGGAAUUAAUGAAAAAGUGGGACAAAAUCGAGAAUGAUGUAGUGGAUACUAUAAAAGAGAAAAUGGAUACACUAACUCAGGACGAGCCUGAACUGUCGCAGGCGACGGUGGAGAACUUGUAUGAUGCGAUACGACGCAGUCUGAAGGAGAAGAAUUACUUCAAAGCUUACUUAAUAGUAAAACAUACAGAGAGGCAGUACCCGGAUGCUAAGUUACUGCGAUGUGAUAUGCCUAAAAGUGAUCAGAUUGAUUACUUCGUUGCGUUGCUCCGAAACAUUUUCAUAAUCCCUGACCGCCGGCUGUCUAUAACGUCGUCGCAGCAAUGCGAGAACGAGCUAGCGCUAUACAAACGUAUGGAAGAGAAAGAGAGCAUCGUAGCCUUCCUGCAGGAGUCGAUACAAUUCUGUAGGAUGAUAUCGGAGGCUGUGCCCCUUGUGAAUUCCUUGCUGAUGUCUAAACAAGCCGGGGAUGUCAGUGAGGCCAUUGACUUCUUCACCACCGCUCACCACUUCAACAUAGAGUCCGCUAAAGUGGGCGUAGCUAAUAUGUUGCUACUUGUAUGGUCACCAGACCAAGAGAAACGUGAAUCAGUAGAGCGCGCGUACCGGGAGAUGUACCUGGAGAGCGAGCCGCGGGCGGAGCGCGCGCGCGCCUUCGCCGUGGCCAAGAAGCUGGUGUCGCUGGUGCGGCACGUGGACCGCGGCGGCGCGCUCGCGCUGCACCACCUCGUCGACAAGUGGCUCGCCAAGGACGACAUCGCGCCCUCCGUCAUACAGGUGUUUUGGGAAAUGUUUCUCAAGAAAAUUGACGGUACAACGGACGAGGACAGUUACGCCGCUCUCUCCUUGCUGACUAUGAUAGCUAAAGCCAAGCCGUCGGUUGCUCUCGCUAAUCUAGAAGUCAUACAGACGCACGGUCUCACCGGCGACUAUAGAACAAGAAACUUUUGUGUACAAUUGCUAACAUCACUAUCUAAGAAGGAACUAAGAUAUCCCGCAGAUCACUCGCUAAUGAACUCCGUAUUCGAUAGUUUAAUGGAAGUGUUCAAUAAAUUUAAACACUUCACCUCGUUUGCGGCGAACUCUAUUGAUCUAAUAUACGCUAUAUGUGAUACACCGGAUGUGGUCUGUGAAAAACUAUUGGUGGAAAUGUAUAAGAAAAUUGAGGAAGGUACAGUGAAAGAUAAUGUGAAUGAGGAAGAUAUAAGCGUCCCAAUGGAGUUGCUGAUACGUUUUGUGUUCAUGUUGGGUCAUAUAGCGCUGCAGCAUCUUAUAUAUCUUGAUAUUAGCGUCUACAGCGAGCUCAGGAGACGCAAUCAGGUGCGGGAGGAGCGCAAGGCGGAGGAGAAGCGCAAGAAGAAGGCGGGCGCGGCGUUCGCCACGCCGGCGCGGCGCACGCGCUGCGACGACCUGCGCCGCCACACGCUCAUGAACGCCAGCAACGCCAGCGCCUCCUCGCGCGGACAGCGCUCCGCCAGCGUACUCUCUAAUAAGGCAUCCACGGUGAACACAACGAUGACGGAGGAGGAGGCGGGGCUGGAGGGCGCGGCGGCGGACGACGCGGACGCGGAGUACGUGCGCGCGGUGUGCGAGCGCGAGGUGGUGUGCGGCGCGGCGGCGCUGGCUCGCUACGCGCCGCUGCUGCGCUGGCUCCUCGCCAACCCCGCGCCCCUUGCUCCACAAGCGCGCGCCGCCGCCGCGCUCGCCUACACCAGAUUCAUGCUGGUGUCCAGCAGCGUGUGUGAAGAAGGCCUACAACUUAUAGUCACAAUUCUCAAGAAAUCUAGGAAUGUAUCGCUCAGAACGAACCUGACCAUCGCCUUCGCUGAUCUUACUCUACGUUUCCCAAAUCUUACGCAACCUUGGACGUAUCAUAUUUACGAUAUUUUGAGUGACGAGGAGCUCGAGGUGCGGCAGUGUGCAGUGAAGAUGCUGUCGUUCCUGGUGCUGCACGAGAUGGUGCGCGUGAAGGGUCAGAUAGCGGACAUGGCGCUCUGCUGCGCGGACAAGGACGCGCGCGUCACCGCCAUGACGCGCUUGUUCUUCAAACAACUAUCGCAGAAAGGCAACGCCCUGUACAACGUCAUGCCGGAUAUUAUAUCAAGACUGAGUGAUCCGGAAUUAAACGUCCCUGAAGAACAGUAUAGAUAUAUCAUGAAAUAUAUAACAUCACUAAUACAGAAAGACAGACAAAUGGAAGCUUUGAUAGAGAAGUUAUGUCAGCGGUUUAAAUUAUCAACCGAAGAGCGGCAAUGGCGGGACUUAGCGUACUGCCUCUCGCUGUUCUCCUACAACGAGCGCUCGCUCAGGAAGCUGAUAGAGAACAUGGACUGCUACAAGGACAAGCUGCACUGCCCCGGCGUCAUGGAGUCCUUCACUACACUCAUCAACCAAACAUCCAAAAUGGCCAAGAAUGAAAUAAAGGCAUUAGUAACAGAACUAGGCGACAAGAUAGAGGAAUGUUUUGCUGUGAGGGAUGCGGAGGAGGGCGACAGAGAAGGUAGCGACGGCGCCGACAAGCACGCUGCGCCUAAACCUACGCCCAGGAAGGCGCCGCGACGCAACAGGAGGCGGUCUACCUCCAGUUCGGAUGAGGAGAAUGAGCCGCCGAAUAAACCGCCUCAAACACCGCAGUCCAUAAGAAAAUCACGAAGAAAACCUGCUGCAAAGAACAAAACUCAAGCAGCUGAUUCAGAAGACUCAGAUGACGACGAUUUUGAAAAGAAAACAGACGAUGACAUUUUCAAAAAACCGAUAACACGAAAAGGGACACGUAGGCGAAACUAGAGUUCGCAAACAUAAUUUUUAAGAAUAAUUUUAUUGUGCAUUUAUUUUCUUAGCGAAAAAAUUAUAAAUAAAAUGUU